UAUUACAACUAUCCAAAAGGGCCUCUUCACACUAUACUCAAAACCUCUCUCUCUCUCUCUCUCUCUCUCUUCAUCUCUCUCUAUAUUACAACUAUCCAAAUGAAGAAUCUAUGCCUUUGAUCAGUCGAUGGAAAAGAAACCGGAUCAUUCAAAGAGUAACUCAGACAAUUCAAACAUAAUGACAAGCACAACAUUUUCUGAUCAGAUUCCGGCAGUCUAUAGUGGUGUUGGUGGUGGUUUUUUCGAUAUGCCUCAAGGGUGCUUAGACAUGUUAAAUUAUCAGGACGACGGUGGCUCGUCUCUCUUCGAUUUGUUUCAACAACCGGACUUGGUACCCGAACAAAAACGUCAUCUUCUACCACCUGUUUCCACCGUGCCGGAGACGGCUGAGAUGGUGAAUACACCCACGCAAAACUCUUCUUCCAUUUCAUGGUCUUCAAACGAUGCAGCCAAUAUUGUUGAUCAGGAGAAUAAAAGCAGAUCUGUUCAAGAAGAAGAUGAUCUUCAUGAUGGUGAUGAUGAUCAAGAAAAAAGUACUACUAACAAACACUUAAAACCCAAAAAGAAGAACCCAAAAAGGCAAAGGGAACCAAGAUUUGCAUUCAUGACAAAGACUAAUAUUGAUCACUUGGAUGAUGGUUAUAGAUGGAGAAAGUACGGUCAGAAAGCUGUGAAAAACAGCCCUUUCCCUAGGAGUUACCAUAGGUGCACAAGUGUGGCUUGUGGAGUGAAGAAGCGAGUCGAAAGAUCAUCCGAUGAUCCAUCCAUCGUGAUCACAACUUAUGAAGGUACCCACACUCACCCGUAUCCGAUGACACCUCGAGGAAACAUCGAGAUCUUGUCAGAAACCACCAAUCAUGGUGGUGGUGUUUCUUCUUUUCGUUUUACACAACCUCACUACCAACACCGACAACCACAACCACAACUACUACCCUAUUUCCAAAACCAAACAAUACAAUCAUCUUCUCUAGGCUUUAACACCACUAAUGCUAGUGCCCAUCCAUCAUCAUACUCCCAUCCACUUCAUGAAAGACGAUUUUGCCCUUCAUCUUCUUCUACAUUGCUUAGAGAUCAUGGACUGCUUGAGGAUGUCAUCCAAUUCCAGUUUCAGAAUGAUAAGCCCAAAGAAGAACAGAAUUAAGGUGGUGUACCAUAUAAAUUAAGUACUUUUGAGCAAUCUUUAUUAUCUUAUGUACUAACAAUGUUCGAUGAUAAUUUUUUCACGUGUUAAUUGCCUAUUUUUAGGUAAUUAGAAACA